GCACCGUUUCCGGUUUUAACUUUCAAAUCAUCAUCAUGUCCAAGCGAAAGUCAGACGUAGAAAGCAGUAUAAGUGAUAUUUAUGAAACAAGCGACGAAAAGCAAAGUCGCUUCAAAGAAAAACAUUCUUUAGAUAGCGAUGAAGAGGAUGAAGGGGGUCAAGAUUAUGAAAUUCUUCCAGAAGAUGACAUUGAAGGCCAGGAAGAUGAAACAAUAGAUUCCUAUGAAGGAAUUAAAGUAACACCUUUCAACAUGAAGGAAGAGUUGGAGGAAGGACAUUUUGAUAAGGAUGGGAUGUACAUAUUUGACAAAACAAAGGAAAUUAAAGACAAUUGGAUUGAUAAUAUUGACUGGGUCAAAAUUAAAGAGAAAGAAAAGGAGGAUGCCAAUAAAAUGGCUGAUUCAGAGUCGGAGGAUGAAGAGGAUAAUUUCAAUGAGAAAGAAACAUAUACAGAAAUAUUGACCUAUUUAAAGCCAGGUGAAACUAUUGCAAAGGCACUCCGUAGAUUGGGGGGUAACAAGGGGAAAAUGCAAUCUGCAAGUCAGAGGUGGAAAGCAAAAAAACAGAAAACACAGGAAGUGGAUGGACAGUCCGAGGAAGACAAAAAGAAGUUUCUGAGGCUGACAGAACUAGCAGAUAGAGUGCUGAGCUCAGGGAACAUGGAGGUGUAUGAAAUGACAUACGAAAAAGUGAACUUUUUGUUGAAAAAAUAUGAACCAACGAAAACUGAAAUCCCAGAAGGCAUAGACAAUGAUGAUGCAUUGGAUAUGUUUGCAGAAAAUUUUGACAAAGAAACCAGUGAAAAAGAUGGCAGUAAACAAAAUGACACAGAGGAGUCAAAAUCUGAACAGAAGGAAAGUAGCACUGAAUCAAAAUCAGAAGAUUCUGUCCUUACAACAUCUGAGGUGAUGUGGGAAUAUAAAUGGAAAACGGAAGAUGAGGAAAUCCACGGUCCAUUCACCAGCUCCCAGAUGUUGAAGUGGACAGAGGAAGACUAUUUUCCCGAGGGAGUUUUUGUCAGAAAAACCUCAAACAAGGAAGGGACUUUUUACAGCUCUAGGAGGAUUGACUUUGAAUUGUACACAUGAUUUUCACAACAUUGUACAUAUAUUGAGUCUCAUUUUCUUCAUAUCAUUUUACACAUUAUAUGCUUGUAUCAGUAAAUAUGCUUUCAUUUGAAAUCAG